AUGGCAAAGGAAGCCAAGAUCAAGCCUAUACUAAAGAAUAAACGAGAAACUACUCCAGUUAAAUACACUUCCAAGUCCAGCAACUUAACUAGCCAACCAUCUGAUUCCUCAGGUGAAAAAAGCGAAGAAGAAAGUAGCUUGGAUGAGGAAAAGGAGUCAGACUUAGACGAAGAUGAUGAGGUAGAUGUUGCUGAUGUGUCAAGUGGCGACGAUUCUGAUGAUGUCGAUAGUGAGGAAGACCCAGUAGAGGAAGAAGAUGAUAGUUUCCCAUUGAAGAAAAAGCAAAAGAAGAACAGGGACGACGGGUCUGAAUCUUUUGCCAAUGCAUUUAAUUCGAUUAUCAACUCCAAAUUAAAAGCAUAUAAUAGAAAGGACCCAAUCUUAGCCAGAAACAAAACCACGCUAAAGAAGCUAGAGGGUGAAAAAUUGGAAAACAAAGCCAAAAGAGCGUUAUUGUUGGAAAAGAAACAAUUUCAAGAUAAGCAUAGAGUUAAACAGUUGUUGCCAGUGGCUUCAGAAGGGUCUGACUCGAGCAAUAUACGAGAAAUUUUGGAUAAGGAGAAGCAGAUGAAAAAAGUUGCCCAGAAAGGUGUAGUAAAGCUAUUCAAUGCUGUCUUGUCGACGCAACUUAAAACUAACCAGGAGGUUACCAAAGUUCAAGCUGGACAAAGUCGAAAAGAGGAGUUAAUGACUGAUGUGUCUAAGGAAAAGUUUAUGGAUUUGAUUGCUGCUGCUGGUGAAGAUUAA